GAAACUGGAAGCUCUGCUGCGUCGACUGAAUGUCCAGUCCUGGGUCGGCCCGAACGCCGAGAUGAAGGUUGUCGCCUUGGGGCACGUCAAGGAUUGGCAGCUGUGGCUUCUCGGCUUGCAGCAGUUUUCGGGCCAGGAAUCUGGAGUUGGCGACAUGAGCCGUGUGGUUCUAGAUGUGCCAAGCGAUGCUCGUAUUCAUUCCGAAGGGCCCGUGGCACGGACCCUCGUGAAGUCUGACUUUGAUGUGAUAUGUUAUGUGAAGCGCUACGCUUCAGAUGAAAAAGUUUCACAGAAGCCACUCUUGGCUUUGCCACAUGCCUUUCUGUCCCGACUGCCGACCCCACUGCCUACUUUGCAACGAGCAUUAGCACCACUGUCCUUGAACAAACGGAAACAGUGGCUGGCUCUAGCACAGGAGCUCUUUCGAAGAAAGCGGUUCUCCACAGGCUCCAUCCGAUACCUUUUGAAGGCUGCUGAGGGUGGCACAAUUGUCGUCGAGGACGAAGUGCCGCUGCCUUGGCACAGUGCCGAGCACGAGCAUGGAAUCAUUCGUUUGGAGGAUGCUCCACCGACUACGUUCCUGAAGUUGCUUCCUGCCAACAGAUCCUCAAGCACAGCACUUUUCAUUGGCCGAUGCCAUCAAAGCAAUGCAGCUGAAGGUCCGAUUUGGGUCUGCACGUCAGAACGCAGCCACGGCCAGCCGGAGCCAAGUCUCGGCCAAAGCCACGGGUCAGAAGAAAAAUCUAUGGUUUCUCGAGAAGGCCAAGGCGAGAUGGGGUGCAGGCUGGGUGGUGGAACGCCUGUCCGAAAACCUCAGCUGGUCCAGACUGUGGCCCGAGCAGCCAUCCGCGGAGCUGGAAAAGAUGAUAUCAUCAUCUUCGAGAACACACCACUGUUUGAGAUGGACAUCCUCCGCGUGUAUGACCUGUCCCAAGCGUCCACAUCUCACAUGAGAACUGAGCUGGAAGCAUCCACGGCUGGAAGCCCAAUGAUCGACGUGAGCAACCUGCCGUUCCGUGCCGUUUGUACGCUUGCCGGGAAUGGGAUGCACGUAGCACAGGCAGGUGCCAUUGCAAUUAUUGCAGCCCUGUUCAUCGACAGAGUCUAG